AUGAAUCAAUAUCAAACUCCACUGAAUUCUCAACAAACAGAAUACCAAAAUAAUAAUAUUACACAACCAAAAAGAAACACACAAUAUCUGAAUGAUUACAGAUUCUUUUCAUUUGAAUUUACAGGGACAGAACAAAGACCUGUAAUGGAAUAUCAAACACCAAAGAAAAUACAACCCUACGUCCCUGUUAAAAUAAACUCAUUUAUUCCAAAAACCAAUACAGAAAAUAAACCAACAAAUAUCGCUCUUCCUGUUCAACAAGUACAACAACCACAAAAACAAACAAUGAAUGAUAUUACUUUUAAUGAUAUUUUUACUGAUAAAAAUGGAGUACCAACAAUGCCAGAAUCAGAUGGUUGUGGGUUAUUUCAACCAGAAACAGAAAGAAAUGUUGAAAAAGAAAUAAAACCGUCCUCACAACCAAAUCAAAAAGAACAAGUUAUUGGUUCUUCAAAUGAAAUAAGUGCAACUGAUGAUUUUCAAAUAGACUCUAUUCCAAUGAAUGAAGGUAAUGAAGAAGAAAUAGCAACUGAAUAUGAUGAUAAAUAUGAAGAAAAAUUAAAAGAAUUUCAAUCUCAAGGUAUAAAUGAACCUAAAGAAGAAAUUAAAUCAGUUAAACAAGAAGAGGUGAGUAAAGAAACUGUUACUCCACCUACAUUACCAAAACCAGAAAAUAUGACACCACUCCAAAGAAAACGAUGGGAAGAAGAAGAAAGAAAAAGAUUAUUUCAAAUAAAUCCAUAUUCACAACAAGGUCUAUCAACAAUACCUCUUAAAGGAAUUAUAAUAAAAGAAAAUUGUGACAUUAAAGUACCAAUUGUUCAUCGACAAGGAACAUAUCAAUUAGUUAACCAACAUCUUUGUAAACUUGGAUAUGAACCACAACAAGCUUCUGACUUAGCAAUGAAAGAAGAAAUAUUCAUAUCAUCAUGUUCAAAUGAUUAUCAUUCAUUUUUAUUGAACAGGCAUCGUAGAUUUAAAAUUUUAGGAAUAGAAGUACCCAAAUCAACAACACCAAAUCAUCAAAUUGCAUCGAAAGUUGUAAAAAAGAAUUAA